UCGGAACACCUUUGGUAUUUUCCAUAUGUGAUAUUCGAUAAAGAUGGCAGCCUCUACUGAAAACACGUUGUUCCAGGUUGCUGUGCAGAGAGUACUUGAUAGUUGGACUGUAUUGCAGCUGGCUGUAAGUCACGGUUUUGGUGGAGCAGAUAGUCGAGAGAAAGCCCAGUGGAUGGUGUAUGCAAUUGACCAGUGGUUCAAGGAAAAUAAAAACAUUGAGACCUACGAAUUAGAAAACUUUUUGGAGGAUGUAAUGAACCACGAGUUUGACACGAUUAUAGAUGAUGGAAGUCUGCCUAGAAUAUCUACCCUUGUGUGUGGACUGUACUUUCUGAGCUGUGAGGGUAGGGUAGAAGAACUACAGGAGAAAAUACAGUCCCUUCCCCGUGCUCAGUUACACGGGUGUGUGGGUGCUCCCACUCAAGGGGAAGACGAGGAUGAUGAAGAUGCUGAUGAUGAUACCAUGGAUACAGGAGGGGCUAGUGCACCUCCUCCUCCAGAACCUACCUCACAGUCAGGAGAGGGCAGUGGGACGGGGUCUCAGCCAGGAGAUCCAAUGGAGGAAGAGGAGGAUGGUUGGCAAGUUGUAAGGAAAGGAAAACGGCGAUGAAAAUAAAACACUAAGUGCAAUAUGCCAGAGUCGGCUAUCCUCCUGUCAGAUGGGAUGAUCUUCUGGGUCAGUAGAGUCGGUCAUCGUCAUGUCACUUUGAUCAGACGGGUCAGUUGAUUAUACACCAGCCCCAAAUGGUUCAGCAGCUCAGAAAUCAUGAUAUCAUUCUCGUCUUCAUCAUGUGCUUUGUGCCUGUUAAAAUCCGCAUGAAAGACAUACAUGAAAGUAAGAUUCCGCAGGAAAGACAACAGACAGUUCAGAUUAAGGAAUAAACUGUUGUUAGACCUUUUGUGUACAAGAAGAGUGGUGUGUGCUUUAUACAUGUACAUCAUAUCAUUAUUUGUAACAUCCAGACAUUAUUGUCAGUUUACUGUAAAAUAUGACACAAGAUAAUGUGAGUUUCACUACAAACCUAUACACCAGUCUUGGGCUCAGAUGAUUUAUAGAGCACACUGGCCUUACUGUAAAAUGUUUUAAACUUACCAUCAAACUGCUGACAGGGAAUUGUAUAAUUCCAUCAGUGAAAAUGUAUGCAUCUCUGUAUCAAUAAACCUCCAACCGACUCUCUCAAACACUAACAUCCAGUGGAGACCAGGAUUCACAUGUGGAUGGUUGUCAAGGUUUUGUGGCAUGUUCAUCAAUAUUAAUGUAGCUGCUGCAAUUCCUUCUGAGUGAAUCAUUUUAUUCUAGCAUUUCCAUGGGAUGUUGACAGUCCGCUUCACAUGGUUUAACUUUCAUUAUCAUUGAUAACAGAAUUCAUUGAGACUGUACCAACACAGUACUUAAAUGUGACCCUUGAGGUAUAACAGUUUACCAGUACAAUACUAUGUGUAUAAUAUAAAUUAUUAAAGUAGUAAAUGUAUUAGGAAAUUUCACAAAUAUGUUUAAUUAAUGAGUGAAACUUAUUAAAACAGGCCUAAGAUAAGUUUAUUAAAGAGAUCUUAUACAAGGCACUCCUGAUGGAGAGCUGGUCAAAUUCCAUGAAAAAUUUACUUCAUGGUUAUAUCCACAUUAAUUGUCUUAAACUCUUUGUAAUCAGUUAUGAAAACGAACUUUCAACCCAUUGAUAGAUUAAACUUGAAACUUUUCUGUUUAGAUGGAAUGCAUUGUGUAUUGUUGAAAGAAGUAUCAAUUUGUAUUCAUUAUACAUACACAUUAUAAGCUGUUGUAAUUUAUGAUUUUUAUAUAUGAAUUUAGAAAUGGUAAUUAAAUACCAUUUUCAUUGUAUCAGUGAAUGAAUUGUUUUUUGUUUUUUUUUUCAUUCAUGGAUUCAUUUUUUUUAAUUUGUAAGUGUUGACAUACAUAUAUUAACAUUUUUAACAAAUUUUUAAGUGCCGACAUCAAAUCGGUCUUUAUAAAUGGGUUACUGGUAUACCAGAAAAAUGACAUAAAAGUUUCUGUAGUAAACAUUUAUUUUAAUGCUUUGCAGUAGAAACAUUUUUUUUAAACUUCAAAAUUUAUUUUUAAUCUUUGAGGUUAAAGUUUGCCUCAUGGAUCAACACUAAUUAUACAUAGCUGUCAAAGCAUCGGACAAUUUUAUUAACAUUCCUCUCAUAGACAAGGUUUACUCAACACUCAUCAGUAAACGAUGAUAUAUACAAAGUUACAGGGGCUAUUUUGUUAUUUUGUUACAUAUUCAAUUAGAAACUGUUGCAUCAACUUUGAAAAUCUGCAGUACAACAGAAUAAAACUACAGCACACCUAA